CUUCCUGCUCGAUGUAGUUUGGUUGAGGAAAACCAGAGAGCACGAACCAUUCGGCAAUUCAAUGAGAUACGAAUGGAAUUCGCUUUGGCAAGAUGCCUCCAGUGCAGCACAUUUCUGAAGAUAAUUGGAACAUAACUACAUACAAAUAUUUUUUUUGAAAAGAAAAAAGAAAAUAUAUAUUUUUACUGCAAGUGAUUCGGAUUUUAAAUUCGGGGGUUUGUCCAAGAACGUUAACACAAUGUCGACGGGUAAUCUUUGGGCAACUUUUAAGUCAGUCCUUAGCACGACCAACGAUGGUCCGUUGGAUCUCGACGACACCACUCCAUUUGAUUUCUCGGACGAAAUGCUGGACGAGGAGUUUCCCAAGUUCAACAAACUCAGAGUGGUGGUAUCGGAUGAGAUGAGUGACUCUUCUCCGGGCAUCCCUCACGCUGCCUCGGCUGUCAACGGCAGACGUAUUCAUUCAGCAGUAUCCGACGAUGAUUCUUUACUGGGUUCCUCUUCAAGCCUUCAGAACCCGGGGAUUCAUUUGGACCAGUGUGAUGGAUGCACAAAGAAAAAAGAACAAUUCAAACAGAAAAACGUGAAAAAGAAGCUAGCUUUCGCUGCUAUUUUAUACUUUCUCUUUAUGAUCGGAGAACUUAUAGGUGGUUAUGUCGCCAAUAGCCUAGCGAUUAUGACUGAUGCGCUGCACAUGCUAACGGAUCUCAUCGCUAUUGUUGUGUCCUUGCUUGCAUUAUGGCUGUCGGCAAAACCACCAACUAAGAGGUUCACUUUUGGAUUGCAUCGUCUGGAGGUCAUUUCUGCAGUUGUCAGUGUGCUGCUCAUAUACAUUCUCGCAGCAAUCCUGCUGUAUGAAGCUGUUCAGAGAACUAUCCACCAGGAAUUUGAUAUUGAUGGGGAUGUGAUGCUCAUUACUGCAGCAGUUGGUGUUGCAGUGAACCUAAUAAUGGGAUUCAUACUGAAUCAGUCAGGGCACCUCCAUUCCCACUCCCACGGGUCCUUGCAGCAUGCUGCCAGCUCAGGACAUGGACAAGGGGGGCAUGGGCACAGCCAUGACAAGAGUCACGGCAGCCUGGCAGUGAGAGCUGCCUUCAUACAUGCCUUGGGAGACCUGGUUCAAAGCGUCGGGGUGCUGGUGGCAGCUUAUAUCGUCCGCUUUAAGCCAGAGUAUAAGAUUGCGGACCCUAUCUGCACCUAUGUGUUCUCCGUGCUUGUGCUGUUUACAACCUUACGAAUAAUGUGGGACACUGGGAUUAUUAUACUGGAAGGUGUUCCGAAGCAUUUGGAUGUGACCCGUAUCAAAGAAGAUCUGUUGAAACUGGAAGACGUGUAUUCAGUAGAUGAUCUCAAUGUCUGGGCGUUGACUGCUGACAAAACGGCUGCAAUCGUGCAUUUACAGCUCAUUCCAGACAGCUCAACUAAGUGGGAAGAAGUACAAUCAAAGGCCAGGCUUCUCCUCCUGAACACAUAUGGAAUGUAUAGGUGCACUAUUCAGGUACAAAGCUUCAGGCAGAGGCUCCCUCAACUGUGUGUGAAAUGCCAGAGUUCCUGUGCUUGAGGAUCCAGGCAUCGAGUGCGCAGCACAGUUUGGAACAGUCAUUGGAUUUCUCAGACUUGGUUGCUGAGCUGCGUAAGUAUUGACAGGUGAUGUCACUGAGAGGUUGAGUGAAGCACAACUGCCAGCUUUCUGAUCGAGAUUUAAUACGCUAAGCAGCUGUGUAAUUCUUACCUUUAUGUGGACUUGUAGUUGUAUUGCUAUCUUAAUUCUUCUUUUGGCAUAUUCUUAUUUUUAUUUGAUUAUUAUGAUGUGAUUAGAUGGACCAGCACAUGUCUGAUGUAUUGUUUUAUUCAGGGCUUUAAUAAUUGGUAUUUCUUCCUUUCUGCAAAGAUUUCUUUUAAGCCAGUGGCACACUGAAGUAGCACAGACAAAAGUGAUUAAUUUGCAUUUAUAAUUUGCAUGUUUACCUAUCUUUAUUUAGACACUCCGUACUGCAUUAGAGCAUGACUGACAAGCACCGUCCAGCAUAUUGAGUUUUCAGAAUAUUUGUAUUAAAAAAUAGAAAUUAGAACUGUCUCGGUUGACCUUCAAAUCAUACAGUUCAACCAACAUUUGCUUAUCUAUAUGAUGGAUAAGUGUAAUGUCUUUAUCAACGUUUUGUCAGUAAGCUGCAGUAAUGUAACAAUUGUAGACAUUAGUGCUAGUACUAGUGACAAGUCGCGCAAACCCCCAUCCCACCCCCCACCCCCUUUGAAACAGACAAAAACAUGUGAAGUUCCAAUAGGUUCUGAUCGUUACUCAUUAGGUGACAUCAGAGGUUCUGGGGGGAGUUGACACAUGAAACUGAAGUAAAGUAAGUCUGACUUGCUAGCAAGACUUACAUAUUGAAACUGACGGACUCAAUUAGACAUUGUUAUACCUCAGGCUAUGCAUUAUGCAUUUCUUCAGAAUGUUCUUGUAUAUAAUAAUGGUAUUUCAAAUCAAUUUGUCAUGAUACGCAGACAACGCCUAUGUGCAGAAUACUUAGCAGUUCCAUCAUACCACAAACAUUGUGUUUUGUUCUUGUUCAUAUUGAGCUGAAUCAUUUUUGCACUGACAGUCAGUAUUCACCAACAAGUAUUGGGACAUGCAUAUUACAUAUUUGUUUGUGUAUAAAUAGCAUUUUAUCUCUAUGUAUUGCAAUGCAAGGGAACUUUUCUCUCUGUGGAAGUUCACUGGCACGUCUCCAUAUAUAGAGCCUGCCUGUUGUGUGCUAAAAUUAUCAGGAAGUUGGAUUCUUUGAAAUCCAUGUACAAG